CAAACAUAUAAAAGUGGCUUUGAGUUGAGAAUCAGAACUUUCUUGGACAACCUUUCAUGAGAAACAUUCAAAUCCUGAAACAUUCAAACUCAUUCACACUAAAAACAGCUGGAACAUGAAUUCUACAGAGGCCUUGGAAUCCAAACUGAACGCCUUGCAGUGCUACUUUACCUGGAAUCUAGAACCUACCAAGUUCAAACUGAACUAUCUCAGAGAUGCACUGGAGGACAUCGCCACAGAUGAGGGAAACAUCUGGCUGGGUGACAUCUACAACCUGCAGGGGUUCAUCCAGUACAUGCUGGGCUCCACUGAAGAGGCCCUGAAGUUCUUCAGACGAGCCACUGAGACCUUCCAGCGUCUUAAAAACUCAGAUGAAGGUCCCUGGUUGAUGGUGAACUUUGGGAAUCUGGCUUGGCUGCACCAUCUUAUGGGUGAAGAUGAGAAGAGUCAGGAUUACCUGUCAAAGGUUGAAGCUCUGAUUAGAGAAUACCCAGCUCCACCUGAGGAAGAGCUCCACCCAGAGGUCUGUGCUGAGAAGGCCUGGACCCUGAUGAAGUUUGACAAAGAGAAGAAGUUGCAGGCUGCAGAGCUCUUUCAGAGAGCAGUGAGGAUGCAGCCAGACAACGUGGAAUGGCAGACCAGCUGGGCCAUAUUAUCAGCAGAUCCCUUCAAAGCUUACAUGAAGGACAUGACUCCUGAUGUCUUGGAAAAAGUGAAAUCUGCCUCAGAAAGAGAUCCAGACAACUUAUAUGUUGCUGCUCUUUAUCUGGAUGCACAGGGUGCAAAGAGAAAACAAAUUCAGGAUGAAGCAAAUGAUUUAGCUAUAAGAAUUCUAGAAAAGCCAAUGCACAACUACUGUGGGAUCAGCCUACUAAUGAAGCUGUAUAGAAAGUACAUAUCUGUAGACGAAGCCAUUGAAAUAGCUGAUGAGGUCUUGAAGAGACAUCUUGAUUCACGUUUUGUAAAGAGGUCUGCUGCAAAAUGCUGCACAAAGAAGGUAUUUUCUCAGCGAGGCAAUCCUGAUCCCAGAAUAAUUGACAAAACAAUCCGUCUGUGGGAAGAAGUGAUUGAUGCUUAUCCUGAUUGUUCCCUGAAAGAAAAAAUAUCUCAAGCAGACGUCUAUUCAAAGGUAGACAUAGAGAAAGCUGACCAGAUUUACAGAGAGCUUCUAGACAGAGAAGAUCUGGAUCCAGCAGAAAAACAGAUGCUUUACAAAUAUUAUGCCGACCAUUUAUACUUCAAUAGGAAUAAUACAUAUAGGUCUAUUGAAUACCACAUGAUGGCAGUAGAGAUUCAAGAAGAAUCCGUUUAUAGACAGUUAAGCAUCGAUAAACUGAAGAAGACCUUAGAAAGAACCAGGGACCCUAAAAUACAGAGAAGGAUCACAGAGUUCCUGACAUCCCUGGGAAUAAACCAGUGAAUAAACCUCAAACCGUCUGAAAUCCUAAUGAUGAUCAUAGAAAAUAAUAGUGAUGUUUUGUAACAGACAUGACUCUGACCAUGAGUGACACUGGCCACUGGCUACUAAUACAAAAAAAAUGUAAACAGCGAAAAAUACAUCAAAAUAGCUAAGGAAGACACUGAAGUGCCAAAUGAAGUAAGUUAAUUCAGCUUUGAUGCAUUUUCCUUGAUCUGGUAAAAAGUUAUAUUAAUAUAGUAACAGAAAAGGGAAAUGACA